AAAAAGUUUCACAUUUGAUUUUUAGCUUCGGAAGAUUAUGAGGGAUUCCAUAACUGCUUUCUUUGCGAUUGCCGCGCGCAACGAACCUACAGUGUAUCGUAGUGGAGGGAAAACAGCUGGAGUGCUGUCCAGGGUACUGAAGUCAAGAAGCCAGAGGUGCUGAAGAGAGCACAGGCAUUUUCACACGGGAGUGUGUCUAUGCCACUAAAGUCUUGAGAUGACUCGGAAAAGGCUGCGUUCUGUGGCUGCCUGGGGAUUAAUUGCGUGGGAAAUAGGACUACUGCUGAGUCUGGUAGCUUCAAAAGAACCGGAAAACCCUCGAGGAAGAACAAUACCCAUGUCACCCUCUGACUUCCUCGACAAGCUCAUGGGAAGAACCUCAGGUUAUGAUGCCAGAAUUAGGCCCAACUUUAAAGGUCCACCUGUGAAUGUUUCAUGCAACAUAUUCAUUAACAGUUUUGGCUCCAUCGCUGAGACAACUAUGGAUUACAGAGUGAACAUAUUCCUCCGGCAGCAGUGGAACGACCCGCGGUUAGCUUACAGCGAGUAUCCGGAUGACUCUCUGGACCUUGAUCCCUCUAUGUUAGACUCCAUUUGGAAGCCUGAUUUGUUCUUUGCCAACGAGAAGGGGGCGCACUUCCAUGAGGUCACCACAGACAACAAGCUCUUGAGAAUAUUCAAAAAUGGAAAUGUCCUCUAUUCAAUCAGAUUGACUCUGACGCUCUCAUGCCCGAUGGAUCUGAAGAAUUUCCCCAUGGAUGUGCAGACGUGCAUAAUGCAGCUGGAGAGUUUUGGCUACACAAUGAAUGACCUAAUCUUUGAGUGGCAAGCGAAGGGACCCGUGCAGGUGGCUGACGGACUAACCCUUCCACAGUUCAUCCUCAAGGAUGAAUCGGAUUUAAGAUACUGCACCAAACACUACAACACAGGCAAGUUCACAUGCAUCGAGGUGCGCUUUCACCUGGAAAGACAGAUGGGCUACUACCUGAUCCAGAUGUACAUUCCCAGCCUGCUCAUCGUCAUCCUCUCCUGGGUCUCCUUCUGGAUCAACAUGGAUGCUGCACCUGCCCGUGUCGCCCUGGGAAUCACCACAGUGCUCACUAUGACAACACAGAGCUCUGGAUCCAGGACAUCCUUACCUAAGGUGUCCUAUGUGAAGGCCAUUGACAUUUGGAUGGCUGUGUGCCUGCUUUUUGUCUUCUCUGCCCUGCUGGAGUAUGCUGCAGUCAACUUUGUUUCACGGCAACACAAGGAGCUCUUAAGGUUCCGACAGAGAAGAAAGAAGUCUGGCAAGGUUAUCAGUCAAACAUUUGAUGAGGAGCUUACUGAGUCAUUGCAUCAUAUCAAUGGCCUGUGCAGUGCCGAGCCCGUUUAUGGAUCAAUGGGCCAACUCAACGAAUCAAAUGACAUGGGGGAGGACGUGCAGGAGAGCCAGCUGAGCUUCACGCCCAAUGCAGGGAAGGACGGAGCCGUGCCCAAAGCUGAAAACAAUGCAGCCACAACACCCUCUAAACCAGCCCAUGCUGCCGGCAAGAGUCAUGAGGAGAUGAGAAAACUCUUUAUUGACCGAGCCAAGAGGAUUGACACUGUGUCCCGUGCUGGUUUCCCACUGGCUUUUCUGUUUUUCAACAUUUUCUAUUGGGUUCUGUACAAAAUCCUACGCCAUGAGGAUGUGCACAAGCCAUAGAUGGAAAGACAUGUUGCACCAUGGGAGGUACAAUAGUAACACAAAAAUGCUGCAUCAAGAAACUCUGAUGUUAUUACUCGUGUGCAAGAGGUCUUGCCAAGAUUUAAGUUACAUAUUGAAAAAUAUUUCCAGAAACUGUGACAUCAAGGACCAAUGUCUACUUUCAAUACUUUGAAUACUAUUUGUGUUGUACACUCAUAUGAGGACACUGCACUCAUUAUGCAAAUGGCAAGGAAUCCGUAGGGCCUCUGGCACACCUGUCCAACACGUACACACCUAAAACAAAAGUAAUCAACACUUCCACACACCUCAUUAACACCAAAGCACUGUUUUACAGUCUGACACAGAUUAGACACUAUCUACAGCCCCUUGUAGAAACAAAUGUGUGUCUUGUACUGGUUUUGUCAAAUCUGUUGUCUUACAGCUUUACUGCCAAUGUUCUAUGUAGGAUUUUUAAUGUACAGUUACAGUAAUUAAAAUGCCAAGUAUAUAACAGAGUGCAAGAGCAGAGAUGUAGCCUGUAUUAUACACAUUUCUAAACACACUGUAUGUUGUUGAUCAUUUUAUAAGGAAUAUUGAAUAGGUUUUACUAGCAGUUUGUCAGUAUAUCAUUCAGUCCUUGACUAAACAGCUACUGUAUCAUUUUAUCAAGAAACAGACCUGAUUGGAGAAAGCCUCUCUCUCUCCAAGGGCAAUGGUUAUAUCAGCCAAUGUAAUUUCCAAGAUAAACGCUAAAAAUAUCAAAUAAUAAUAUAAUUAAAAAUGAAAUAAUGCCAUAUAUAGAUUGGAAUCGAACAGCUGAUAGUUGACUGUGAAUAAAUGUAAGUGUUUUAAACAGAUGUAACUGUAUGAAUGGUCAUCAUUAGCCAAUGAAUUACUGUAGGAUUUUGAGGAACUAUCAAAUUACAUUAAAUAAUGUUAAAUAAUUUAUUAAGUAAUUGAUAAAAUACUUAAUUCUGUCUCUUUAGAAAUUUUACUUUGAAUGUGUUUGUAGUGCAUUCCAAUAAUAUCCUAAAGCAUAUUAAUGUCUUGGAAUGAUGUGUGUUUGGAAACACAAUUUAAAUU